GUGCAAACGCAGACCCAAACCCAACUGCACUCUACCUUCACACGUUGGCUGUUCAGUUCAAUUCCAGCGUCACGACUUCCAUGCCUUUAUCCUCCUCGCUCGCGUUAAUCACCGUUGAUCCCAAUCUCUCCGCCCAUUAUGGCUCUCCUUUUAGCAUCCCAAUAUCCUACGUCUGGGCCUAUCCUGGAUCAACGUUUCACAUUAGACAGUUACGUUUAAAUUACUCUCUUCCCCAUCCCCUUGUGUCUCUGAACUCUCUAUAUAUUCUCUUCCUCGUUUGCUGCUUUCUUCGUCAUUCCCUCUCUCGUCUUCCAUAACCGGUACAAAACGGCUGGUCGUCUGAUCUUAUAGUGACGACCUCAUUAUCGGGCUGUAGCUGGCGGUCGUCUUUUUGUGAUUAGUACUGUUGUUAUUAUAGUGUUCAGCUGAACUUCUGGUAAUUGAGGUGAACAUGGUCAGACCAGUGAUAUUGUCACUGCUUCUUUCCUCUUUCCUGUUUUCCUUUGCGUCCCCUGCAUUCAAUGAUGGGCUGGUUAGAAUUGGACUGAAAAAGAUGAAAUUGGAUCAAAGUAGCCAAAUCGCUACCCAGCUUCAGUUGAAAAAUGCCAAGGCCUUAAGAGCUUCUGCGAGUAAAUAUGGUCUCCAUGGUAAACUGGCAGACUCUGCGGGUCCUGAUAUUGUAGCACUGAAGAAUUACUUGGAUGCUCAGUACUAUGGUGAAAUUAGCAUUGGCACUCCUCCUCAGAAAUUCACUGUAAUCUUUGACACUGGUAGCUCCAAUUUAUGGGUGCCAUCCUCCAAGUGCUUUCUCUCUGUUGCUUGUUACUUCCAUUCCAAGUACAAGUCAAGCCAAUCAAGUACCUACAGGAAGAAUGGGAAAUCUGCUGAAAUUCAAUAUGGUACUGGAUCAAUUUCUGGUUUCUUUAGUUAUGAUAAUGUCAAUGUUGGUGACCUACUUGUAAAAGAUCAGGAAUUUAUUGAAGCAACUUCAGAGCCUGGUACCACAUUUUUGUCGGCCAAGUUUGAUGGCAUACUAGGGCUUGGAUUUCAAGAAAUUUCAGUUGGAAAUGCUGUGCCAGUCUGGUACAACAUGGUUAAACAAGGCCUUGUAAAGGAGCCCGUAUUUUCUUUUUGGCUUAACCGCAAUACAGAGGAAGAAGAAGGGGGUGAAAUUGUAUUUGGUGGAGUGGACCCAAAUCAUUUCAAGGGCAAGCACACAUAUGUUCCUGUAACACAGAAAGGCUAUUGGCAGUUUGACAUGGGUGAUAUUCUUAUUGGUGAUAAACCAACUGGGUAUUGUGCUGGCAAAUGCUCAGCAAUUGCAGACUCUGGAACUUCCUUGUUGACAGGCCCAACUACUGUGGUUACCAUGAUAAAUCAAGCUAUUGGAGCCACUGGAGUAGUUAACCAGGAAUGCAAGGCUGUUGUUGCUCGGUAUGGAGAAACCAUAAUGGAUUUGCUUCUAGCUGAGGCUCAACCAAUGAAAAUUUGCUCCCAAAUUGGAUUGUGCACAUUCGAUGGGAUCCAUGGUGUUAGCAUGGGCAUUCAGAGUGUAGUCGAUGAGAACAACGAUAAAUCUUCCAGUGGAGAUUCUAUGUGCUCUGCAUGUGAGAUGGCAGUUGUUUGGAUGCAGAACCAGCUAAAGCUGAAUCGAACACAAAAUUAUAUACUGAACUAUGUCAAUGAGCUCUGUGAUCGAAUUCCGAACCCAUUGGGACAAUCAGCUGUUGAUUGUGGAAGUCUCUCUUCAAUGCCUACUGUUUCCUUCACUAUAGGAGGAAGAAUGUUUGAACUUACCCCACCGGAGUACAUCCUCAAGGUGGGCGAGGGUUCAGAAGCUCAGUGCAUCAGUGGGUUUACUGCAUUGGAUGUGCCGCCUCCUCGUGGGCCUCUUUGGAUCUUGGGAGAUAUUUUCAUGGGUCGCUACCAUACUGUUUUCGACUAUGGCAAUCAGCAAGUUGGAUUUGCGGAGGCAGCAUGAGUGAUCUAUUUUGGGGUCUCCUUCCUUCUAUUAGAUAUCAAAUCUAUUUCUAUCUGCUGUAAAAUAUGUAGGUUGAAAAGAUGAAUUGUUGGUGAAUUAAUGUAGAAGUAUUGAUGACUCCAAUUUGUAAACCAAUAGUCUGCAUUGGGUGAUGUUGAUGAAAUUGCGAGCUUCAAGUUUGAAGCUUGAUUUGAUUUUAA